AUGUCAUUUCAGGACCUUAUUCCGGUAGUCAACAAAUUGCAAGACAUAGUUACGACGGCGCAAUUGGCAGAUUUAGAUUUGCCAAUAUUGGCAGUUGUUGGAUCACAAUCAUGUGGAAAGUCUUCAGUGUUGGAGAAUAUAGUUGGAAGAGACUUUUUGCCUAGGGGUACUGGUAUUGUGACAAGGCGUCCGCUUGUGUUGCAGUUGAUCAACAUUAAAGCCGACGAGCUUCAAGAUGAGUCCACCAGAGAGUCGACGCCAAUAGGUGAAAAGGAAGUCAAUUUGGAGGACCAUUUAAGGAGAUACUCCAAUGGGCGUCCUAGUGGUGACAUAGAAUGGGGUGAGUUUUUACAUAUCCCACGUAAGAAAUUUUUUGAUUUCAACGAAAUUAGAAGGGAAAUCGAACUUGAGACCUCCAGAAUAGCUGGGGAAAAUAAAGGUAUCAGUAGACUUCCAAUCAAUUUGAAAAUAUAUUCUACGAAAGUGCUCAAUUUGACAUUGGUCGAUUUGCCAGGCUUGACUAAAAUUCCUAUUGGGGACCAGCCAACUGACAUUGAAAGGCAAACUAGAGGGUUGAUUUUAGAAUAUAUAUCAAAACCGAAUUGUAUUAUUUUGGCUGUGUCGCCUGCAAAUGUUGAUUUGGUUAAUUCGGAAUCGUUAAAAUUGGCAAGGCAAGUUGACCCUACGGGAAAGAGAACUGUUGGGAUCUUAACAAAAUUGGAUUUAAUGGAUCAAGGUACCAAUGCCUUGGAUAUUCUAAAGGGAAAUAUUUAUCCUUUGAAACUUGGUUUCAUAGGGAUUGUUAAUAGGUCUCAAAGAGAUAUUACAGAAAAUAAAUCUUUAGAGGAUUCAUUAAGCGCUGAACAAGAGUUCUUUGAAAACCAUUCUGCUUAUAGAACAAUGUCUAAAAGAUGCGGAACUCGAUAUUUAUCACAGACUUUGAAUAAAAUCUUGAUGACCCAUAUUAGAGAAAGAUUACCUGAUAUAAAGGCUAAAUUGAACACUUUGAUAGGUCAAAGUGAGCAAGAAUUAGCUAGUUAUGGAGAACUUCCUUCAAAUUUGACUGAUUCAAAAGAAGGAAGAGGUGCUUUGGUAUUGAAUUUGAUGACCAAAUUUGCUACAAGUUUUAUCAAUUCAAUUGAGGGUACCCAAAUGUCAGAAAUUUCUACAAAGGAGCUUUGUGGUGGUGCCAGAAUAUAUUACAUUUACAAUGAAGUAUUUGGUUCACACUUAGCUUCGAUAAAUCCGACCCACAAUUUGUCAAUUCAUGACAUCAGAACGGCGAUUCGGAACUCCACGGGUCCGAGACCCUCCUUAUUCGUACCAGAGUUGGCAUUUGAUUUACUUGUGAAACCACAAAUCAAGCUCUUGGAACAACCUUCAAAGAGCUGUGUUGAGUUGGUGUAUGAGGAGUUGAUGAAAAUUGUUCAUAGUGUCUGUUCAAAUGGUGUUGGAAUUGAGCUAAACAGAUACCCAAAAUUACAAUCCAAACUUAUUGAGGUUGUUUCAGACUUAUUGAGAGAGAGGUUGGGCCCAACUAUAAAAUAUGUCGAUUCCUUGAUUGACAUACACAAGGCUUAUAUCAAUACAAACCAUCCAAACUUUAUAGGUGCUGCGAAAGCUAUGAAAUUAGUAGUUGAAGAGCGUCAAAAGCAAAAAGAAGCGGAGCUGAGAUCAAGAUUAAGAUUAGCUAGCGAAAGAAUAUUGAAUGGAAAUGCUAAGCAUCACGAAAGCAUUGAAAACAAUAAUGACGAAAAUGAGAAUGAAGAAGCUGACGACGAAAAAGAAAGUGAUGGCAUUGAUGACAUCAAUCAAGUUGAUGACGAAAUCAAACCACCGAGACACAAAAGAUCGGAUUCUAUCAGAACAAAUUACUCAGUUAGGUCUGAGAAUGCACCUGGUUUCUCUGGAUCCUCAACUAUAAGUUACCAGCAUGAGUCGUAUUUGAAUUACUUCUUUGGUAAAGAUCCUAUCACCCAUCAACAGUAUUUACAGACUCAAGCACAAUUGAAUCCAACCCCUUUUAAGUUUCCUCAGCAAUCAGAUGCAUUACAAUUCAAUAACGCCGUAAAUGACGGAACUCAUUCAGGUCCACAUUCAAAUUCGAUGGAUUUGAAAUCCUUAAAUAUAAAUGAGGAGUCUUUCGAAAGUGAUGACACAAUUCAUGAACUUAGUGAAAGAGAACAACUUGAAUGUGAAUUGAUUAGGCGCUUGAUUAUCUCGUAUUUUAGUAUUGUAAGGGAAAUGAUUCAAGAUCAAGUACCGAAGCUGGUAAUGUGUUUAUUGGUAAAUUACAUUAAACAAAACAUUCAAAACAGAUUGGUAGUCAAGCUAUACAACGAGGAGUUAUUUGAUGAUUUACUUUUUGAGGAUGAAAACAUUCAGAUGGAGAGAGAGAAAUGUAUGAACUUAUUAAAGACUUACAAGGAAGCUUCGAAGGUUAUCAGUGAUGUGGUUUGA